AAUUCGCAGCAAGACGAAAUGCAAACGUCUUCGAGGGCAUCUAUACUAUCGAAUCAAGUGGAUUUCUGCUGUGGCAUUUGUUGUCUUGAGUGUCCCAUUGGUCAGGGUAUUGAAUUAAGCCAAUGCUCUCACCAUGUUUGCAAACCUUGCCUUCGUGAAACCAUCAAAAUCAAUAUCGAUCCCGAAAUUCGUUGCCCUUAUGCAAAAUCGUACGAACGUUGUGCUUACUUUCUUACUGAUUCUGAGAUUAAAAGGCUGGUGACAAAAGAUGAAUACGAAAAAUUUAAGCAAAUUGGAAUCAAGAAAGCUACGGAGCCAAGUGAACUUUUUUUGUUGACGAUGAUGGAUCAACUGAGCUACAUACGAAAUGUCCACGCCUUCGAUUGUCCAAUAUGUUUCGUUCCUUGCGAUGCUCUAGCAGGAAUUAGACUUCGAGAUUGUUUCCACGAGUUUUGUUUGGAAUGUUUUACCAGCACUGUUUCUCACAGCGAAGAUGAAUCCGUAAAAUGUCCCUUUACCGAUGGCAAUCUAUCUCACUGCGAGAAUUUUAUACAGGAACGCGAAAUACGCGCCGUUGUAUCGGCUGAAAUCUACAACAAAUUUUUGGAACGGAAACUUAAAUUCGCUGAGCAUAGCAUUGCGAAUACGUUCCACUGCAAAACCGUAGAUUGUCCAGGAUUCGGGAUAAUUGAGACGGAAGUUGAUCAAAUGUUUUGUGAGAUUUGUAAGGAAACAAAUUGUUUACAAGUGCAAAGCAAUACAUAAAAAUCAAACUUGUGAAGACUACCAGGACUCUUUGACCGGUGGUUUUAAAAUGACAGAACGAUACAUCGACAAUCUGAAGAACACAGGAGACGCCAUGAAUUGUCCAAAGUGUCAGGCGCUGAUUAACAAGAUAGAUGGAUGCUCUUGGCUACAAUGCACUUUUUGCAAAACUGAAAUUUGUUGGGCAACUAAAGGUCCACGCUGGGGAGCGGGUGGGAAAGGGGAUACCAGUGGAGGGUGUAAGUGUUUAUUGAAUGGAAAGCGAUGUGAUCCGACGUGUAACAAUUGCCAUUGAUUGGCCAUUAUUGUAAAGAAUAUCGAAUACUUUCAAUUAUUUUGUUUAAACUUAAAUGUGAACUUCAUACAGCGCCAUAGUCAAUUACUCUAAAAAGUCAGAUACAAUUGUGCGACAUGUGGAAUAAAGUAUCGUUGAACAAGAAACAAAUUUUUAGAUAGCGACAGGUGGUCUAUAAACUAGAAAGCUAUUUGGCUCAUGAGACUCACAAACGGCACAUCAUUUACGACACAAAAAACACCUGUUUUUUAUGAAAUGAAAAGGUAAGUUUUAUACACUCGUAAUAGUUUGAAUGCUCGUACAUUGUGUUCGUACAUGCACGGGUAUCCAGUUAGUGUGGCAAAAACACAAAAUAUUUAUGAGAACGAUGGUGUGUUAGAGGGUGUCAUGAUGGUACAAAUAACCGUUUUUUCUUCUUCUCUGUUUGAAAUUUAAUACACAUUGGUCAGAGAGUAUUUCUUUUACGUUAUGUGAUACUAA